GUUGCGGUGCUGUUACACGUGUAAUUCGUAAUCAGCGUGUUAGCCUUUAAAAUUUCGUUAUAUUUUGUAAUAAUUAAAUACCGAAAGUGAUUUCUAUAUCGAUUAAUCGAUACCUCACUAUUUUAUGAAGAAAUCAACUUCAGCAUUUAACGGUGAAUAAUGACAAAUGAGAAAUCAGUUUCCUGCGGUCUUGACUUUUGCACUGUACCGGAUUUAAAUGAUUGCCUUAUUGCGGCAAGUUGGUCAAAAUAUGAAUUUGUAUGCAUUCCUCUUGUCCAUCCUCUGCUUAAAAGAGAAUUCGUUUCUGGCGUUGCAAAAAAACGAUCCGGUCCAUUUACCAGACCAGACACAGUUUUAUGCAGUUACGAUUGGAAUAAUUUAAUUAUCGGUAAACUAUCGCCGCAUAUUAAGGUCGACUCAAAGAAUCCUAUUUUAAGAAAGAAUAGCGAAGAAACACUGAACCAAGAGUUAUCUUUGGCGAGCCAUUUAGGCCUCGUGGGAAUUACUUUUAAGUUGAUAAAAGGGAUAGAGCAUAAUGUGAAUCUCGCUAGAAUUAUCUGUGAUAAAGUAUCGAGCUUGUGUAGCUUACAGGUUUGGGUACAAAUACCUAUGGAAAAUCCGAUUAUACAAGCUUAUUCUUACAGAGAAGAAGAAUGUAAUUCGGUAGAAAGUCCGUGGGAAUGGUGGAAUGCUUUCAGAGCAAUAUGCGAUUACGAUAGGAAGCUGGGUGUUGUGUUACUCGUAAGUCACGAUCUUCCAGAGCAAGAAGAGAUCGAUAGAUGGUUGGGAGAACCAGUUAGAUGCUUGAUCAUUCCUACAACAUUAUUUAUUACGAAUAGAAAAGGAUAUCCUGUCUUAAGUAAAGCGCAUCAAACGUUGGUAAAAAGGUUUGCCAUGUUAGAGGUACAAUUUAUACUCACAGGCGCAAAUCGGCAUCAAAAUAUUAGUUAUUAUCACAAUUAUUUGGAGUACUUAUGGAAGGGGUGUCAAACUAGCGGAUCGGUCGAAAGAUUUGCACGCGGCUAUGAAGAUUAUUUACAGAGUCCUUUACAACCACUUAUGGACAAUCUUGAAUCACAAACGUACGAAGUGUUUGAGAAAGAUCCUGUUAAAUAUACAGAAUAUCAAUCGGCUAUCCACGAAGCAAUUCUUGAAAUUAUGUCUAAAGCAACGACUAAAAUUGAAAAAAUAGUAAUAAUGGUGGUUGGUGCUGGAAGAGGACCGCUUGUUCACGCGUCUUUAAACGCGGCAGAAAUGGCGAAUCAACCAAUUAAAAUAUACGCUGUAGAAAAAAAUCCUAAUGCAGUAUUAACUUUACAGGCACUCGAAAGAGAUAGUUGGGGAGACAAAGUAACGGUUGUAUCGUGCGAUAUGAGGAAAUGGAAUGCUCCUGAAAAAGCUGAUAUUCUAGUAUCCGAGUUGCUUGGCUCUUUUAGCGACAAUGAACUUUCCCCCGAAUGUUUGGACGGAGUUCAACAAUUUUUAAAAGACGAUGGGAUAAGUAUACCGUCUUCGUACACGUCGUACAUCUCUCCCGUACAGUCUUCAAAACUGUACAACGAAGUAAAACUCUGUAAAGAUAAAGAUAAACAUAUGUUAGCUCAUUUCGAAACAUCUUAUGUAGUCCAUCUUCAAAAUAAAUACGACAUAGCAAAACCGCAGCCAUUAUUUACAUUUAAACAUCCAAACAAAGACAAUAUCGAUAAUUCAAGAUUCGAAACAAAGACGUUCGAUGUGCAACAAAAUUGCGUGUUACAUGGCUUUUCUGGAUAUUUUAGUACAGUUUUAUUCAAAAACAUUACGCUCAGCAUAGAACCUAGCACACACAGUCCUGGAAUGUUCAGUUGGUUUCCCAUUUUUUUUCCAAUUAAGGAACCAGUACAGCUGAAAGCAGGCGAUCAAAUAGUCCUUCAUUUUUGGCGUCAAUGUAGCCCUAAGAACGUGUGGUACGAGUGGUGUAUUAGCAAACCUAUUCCAGGACCAAUUCAUAAUCCAAACGGUCGUUCUUAUACUAUAGGUUUAUAAUUUAAUAUAUUUGUGAUUCAGCUAUUUUUAAAUGAUAUUGCUAUUAAAAUAUACCUUUGUAAUA